AUCGAGAUUAGGACCGCAAACAUAAAGUGAAAAAAACUGUGCUUGCUGUUAUAUAUACCUCUCUUUUUUUUCAGAGGUGACAACCGUAUGCCUAACGAUGAUGUCAUUUCCUCUAUGCAGAUGUAACUAUAAAAACGGGUCCUCUUGCUGUUAGGUGUCCGUGGUAAUAGAGACGAGGAUCGUUGGUGCAGGAGAAGGCAGGAGCGCGUCAGACAUCAGGAGAGUUUGGUCCACCAUGCAUCCAUAACUUGCUGUGUUCGUUCAAGGAGGGGGAGAUAGAUUACCAUCUUCUGAAAUCGAAGACAUUUAUUUUUUUCCUGGAGAGUGAAUCGUUGCUGAUUCUGAAUAAAGAAAACAUGAUCGAGCGAGCAGUUGUCCUGUUGGUCACGUUUUCUACUUGCGUUCUGUCAUUGCCGGUCACUUCGGGUGAACUGGAGAGUGGCGACGUCAAGGUGAUGAAAUGCAUUGUGGAGGCUCUUGCGGAUGUCCUCUCCAUGCCUCACCCCGUGCCUGUCAGCCAGGAGUGCCUGGACACCCUGCGCACAGGUAAGAAGAGCACCCGAGACCUUACCCCACCUGGCCCUCACCCAAGGCCGUAAGCCAGGCUCUCUGCUUCUCUGACCACUACAUCUACCCCAGUGGUUCCCGUCCUUCGUUAACACUCUGAACCCCUUUCUAAAGGUGAAGGUUUCGGCGACCCCAACUUCAACUUUCUGCUUCCACACUUUUUAGCCAUUUCCAUCUGCAUCAUUGUCCCAGGGGACGUAAUCGCAUCGCUUAACUUAACACUAGUAGUAGUUUGCUCAUGGCUAUGAAUCAUAAGCUUUCUGUAUGCGGACGUCUAUGAGACCUUUAAAUCAUCUCAUCUGACCCCAUGUGCAAAUCAGGGGACCCCAAGUGAGGUCCCUACCCCAAUGUUGGGAACCGCUGAUAUAUUCUCUUUGAUAUGUGCCUCUUUGGGUGGAAUAUAUAUAAAGAUCCAUUGAUGACAGCAAAAGGGGGUCAAGAGGUUAUAAGGAAGUUUGGGUGAAAAGCAGGGUCAUUAGUGGUGGUGAACUUUCUUAGGACAGGCUUAGCUUUAACUUAACCACGAAAACUCUCCCUCUUUUUUUUUUAGACAGGACAAGAUCAUGCAAUUAAUCUGGGUUAGGAUGACAGCAUUUGUGAAGAGCUUAAUGUGUUUGCCGUGACCAUCUUAAAAUAGACAUCUAAACAAUAGCGUUCAAGAUUCAGAUUCAGUUGACUGACUUCACCAAAAUCGCUUUGAAACACCCUUCUGAAAUGGAAGUGGGUGUUGGUAGAGAAACAUGCCCUUUGAUGAAUGGGAUGCCAAUUGUGUGACUUAAUACAACACGUAUUUAGACCCUAUUCGUCACAUCUGAUGGGGUUGGCAUUUUAAUCCUCUGCGCUACAUGAUUAUCUAGAAAAACAUCAGUAAACAUUACCGUAGUGUCAGUCAACCUGCAUUUUGUGUCCAGGUAUAAUGGUGCCUCUGGGCUCAUCAAAGAAUAAUAACGAAACCAGUGUGUCAACCUUUCAAAAUCCGUCUCAAUCUUUCUCAUCGUUGACAUAAUUGCCCCUCCGACAUAUAACUCUGUUAGCCGUUAUAUUUAUAACCCUCGUUGUAUGUCAGAUUUGCGGUUGAUAGGGAUUGACACCGUCGCUGCUCUCCAUGGGGGUCAUCGCUGGGUCAGCGAGACCUGGCCGUAUCUAAUCACUUACAGCAGUUUUCUCUGGUCCAAAUCCGUCUCCCUCGUCC